UGACGCUAUUAAAAAGCGACGGUAACCUUGUGCUGGAGGUGUGUAGUAAUAUGAGCUGUGAAAACUGCUUUAAAACAUUUUUAAUGGUCUGUUCUGUCGUCAGCAUUACUCAGGAGUUAUGAGUAAAUACAUUUUACCAGUUUCUGUGUUUGGAACCGUGUUUGGAUCCGCUGUUUUACUCAAGAACUAUGUGACUGGAGGCCGGUGUCCUAGUAAGGCUACCAUUCAUGGGAAGACUGUGGUCAUAACAGGAGCCAACACAGGCAUUGGCAAAGAGACGGCCCAAGAACUGGCCAAGAGAGGGGGUCGGAUCAUUAUGGGAUGUCGAGACAUGGAGAAGUGUGAGGCGGCUGCGAAGGAAAUCCGAGGGAAUACCCUGAACCCCCACGUUUACGCGUGUCAACUGGACCUGGCCUCCAUGAAAUCCAUCCGAGAGUUUGCAAAGAGAAUCAACAGAGAGGAGCAGCGUGUGGAUGUACUAAUAAACAAUGCAGGGGUCAUGAGAUGUCCAGAAGGGAAGACAGAAGAUGGCUUCGACAUGCAGUUUGGCGUUAACCACUUAGGCCACUUCUUGUUGACAAAUCUUCUGCUGGAUAAGUUGAAAGAGUCCGCCCCCAGCAGAGUGAUCACUGUGGCCUCACUCGCCCACAUCGUUGGAAAGAUUGACUUCGAGGACUUGAACUGGGAGAAGAAGAAGUUUGAUACCAAGCAGGCGUACUGUCAGAGCAAGCUUGCCAAUGUUCUGUUCACCAGAGAGCUCGCCAAGCGAUUACAAGGCACAGGAGUCACAGUGAACACUGUGCACCCAGGUGUUGUUGCCACGGAUCUUGGGAGGCACACCAGUCUGCACCAAUCAAGGUUCUCGAGCUCUGUGCUCAGUCCCUUUUUCUCCCUGUUGGUGAAGAGCCCAGAGCUGGGGGCCCAGCCAAGUGUCUAUCUGGCCGUGGCUGAGGAGAUGGAGGGGGUUACGGGACAGUACUAUGAUGUGUUGACAGAAAAGGAGCCAGCGCCCCAGGCCCUGGAUGAGGAGGCGGCUAGUAGGCUGUGGGAGGUCAGCAGCAGGCUGGUGGGACUGGAGGAGGAAGGACAGUCCAGCAAGUCAAACCCACCAGAAGAAGGCCAGAGCAAAGCAAGCAAAAUUUAUUUAUACAGACAACAGUCACAAAGUGCUUUAGAGUCAAAGGAAUAAAAUCAGAUACAAUCAAAAUAAACAUGCACAGACAAAGCUACACAGACAGACACACGGACAGAGUCCAGAACCAGCUGUCAGAGAUUUGGGACGGUAGGUCUGCUCCGGCCUCUGGGCCAGCAGGGGACGAUGGACUUUUAUGGCUUGAACUGUGCCAAACCCACAAGAACAAUUAACUGUCUGAGUCUGUGAUUAUGGUUUGCUUUAUAAUAGCAAUCUUUUGUACAUGCCUGUAUGUUCCUGCAUCAGGAUAUUUCUCUAAAACAUAUAUAACAGCAGCCUUUUUUCAAUGGUGUCUUCUUUUAAAUUAUGUGCAUUGAUACAAACAUAUAGGAAAAUUAACUGCAAAAAUACAGUGCUGGUAAAGAAAGGAAUGUAUUCAGAUCUGUGAGUGGGGAAACAAAAGAAACCAAAACACAGCUAAAAAUAAAAAAUCUGCACCAUA